AUGGUAUCGUAUUUUCCAGAAGAAUGGGACGACGAUAUAAAAAUGAACGGGCUAAUGUCAGCGAUAAAGGAGAGAAUGGUAAACAAAGUAGAUUAUGACAGAAAAAUUAAAUUCUGGACAAACAUGAUAAACGCAAGUUGCAUUGGAGAAAAGAAUGCAGUAUUUGACCUGCUCACAUUGAAACGAAGAUUCAAACGGAAAGAUAGAAUCCCAGCUAGUCUGGCUGUUGUCCUGGAAAAAAUGAAACGGGACGGAGAUGUGAUCACUGUUGGUGAGUGGCGUGAUCGCCAUUCUGGAUGGGUUGGAUGGGGGAUCUCGAAAACGAAGUCCUGGAUGUUCGGAGGGUCCUCCGAUUCUGAAGAGCUUCUUCAUUUACCAACUGUCAAAGAACUGGGGAAGAAGCUUAUAGAAAUUUACAACGAAGAGCUGCGUUCAGAGGUUGAUUGCACAGGAGAAGUUGUAACUUAUAAAGAAAUGUUUGAACGUGCAAAGCAUAUUAUCUCGACUGUGGAGACUUUCGACAUCGUUUUAGAACAUUUAACCGACGUUGGAGAAUUGACUGUUGGCAACACAAAACAUGGAGAAAAAAUUCUAAAAUUCAAAGAUCACGGAAGUGAAGAUCCUGUCAAGUUCACAGAAGCUGACGCCAGCGUUGUUGACAUUCGCAAAGCCAUGACAAAGCUUGAUCGAGAAAUUCAGCAACUUGAGCUCAAAGUCAAGAAAUACGACGAACAAUGUCGAGCCUGUUUGCGCUCAGGGGAUAAAGGUAGAGCUCAAAAUUUUCUACGACAGCGCAAACGUGCCGAGAAGGACGUUGCUGACAAGGAUAUGCAGUAUCAGAAGCUUCUCACAAUGUUACACCAAAUUUCUGCCGCCAAAAACAACAAGGAUGUUCUGAAAGCAUACCAAUCAGGAACCGCUGCUUUCAAAGCAACACUCGCUAGGCAAGGAUUGUCCCCAGACAAAAUACAUGAGACAAUGGACGACGUGGCCAAUUCUAUGGAUGAGUACAGAGAAAUUGAAGAAGCUAUUUCGUCACCGUUCGCUGGCGCCAGCGGUCUCAACGAUACUGAAUUGGAACAGGAACUAGAAGACUUGCUAACUGAUAGCAAAAAAAACGAUUCAAUCCAUCUGCCAGAGGCUCCGACAAAUCGUUUCGGAUUGUUCGACAGAGAAAUCACGCCCGAGGAAGAUCAGUUAGAGCAACGCCUUGCAAGACUAAGACAAGCAGUUUAA